CGCAUCAUUCCUUACCACACCAUUAAUUCCCUAUCCCUAUUAAUUACCCAACCAUCCAUCGAAUACAUCCCUUCCCAUUCUUUCGCUUCCUCCUAUCCUCCUUCCAUGCCUCUAUACUUCUUUCCUUUCUGCCGUUGUUAUAUUAGAUUACAUUGUAGUUGUCUCCUUGCUCGUACGUCGUAUCUUACGCUGUUGUAUCGUGUCCUAUCGUGUCCUAUCGUGUCCAUCGUAUCAUCUCCUGUGUUCCGCCCGUGAGAUAGACGGUGGGUGGGUGUCAUUUCCGGGCUUCUUCGUUCGCGGGUGCGGUCGGAUCUAGGGACGGAGAGGUGGUGGAGGGGUGUUUCGAGAUGCGUGCGUGCGAUGGUGAUGGUGGUGGUGGUGGUGGUGGUGGUGAUGGUAAUGCUAUACUGUGUUUCGUGGUAGUAGGCUGGUUGGCUGGCUGUAUACCGACACCUCGACACCUCGACACCUCACUUCAUAGAUCACGUAUACCAAUAAUUAAAUCCACACAGCAGAAUCGUGUGUAAUAUCUAACCAAACACCAUCCUCGCGUACCGUUUUGGUAGAGACCAGGUCGCAAUUUCAACUCUGCAGAUACAG